GACAUCGUUUAGUAGAGAGAGCGUGAUGGCCACAAGCUUUACACACUUCACAUAUCUAAUAUCUUCUUCUUACUUCAUAAACAAAUCACUACCACAUAGAGAGAGUGCAGAAGUAGGUGAGAAAAGAGAGUUUCCAAUGGCUAUACUCGCAAACACGUUCGGCAUGGGGGUAAGUUACGCCGGACAGCUUCCGUUUAGGCGAGUCACCGCCGGAGAGGUGGGACGUAAGCAGCAGAGGAUGGCGGUGGUGAGAGCAGAAGGCAGCGGAGGAGGAGGAGGAGGAAUCAAUCCGGAGAUCAGAAAGAACGAAGAGAAGGUCGUAGACUCUGUUGUCGUCACCGAGCUUUCCAAGAACAUAACUCCCUAUUGCAGGUGUUGGAGGUCCGGGACGUUUCCAUUGUGUGAUGGGAGUCAUGUGAAGCACAACAAAGCUAAUGGAGAUAAUGCCCGGCUCUAUACAUCUGCACGGAGUGUAAAUGCACAAGAUCCAUUUAAUUUUUGGGUUUUUUUUCUUUUGAUUUUAAGGUCCAAUUUUUUUUUUUAAUCCUUUUUUAGCAUGAAAAAAUAGGACCCAAUUUUUUUUUAGUUCAGGGUCCAAAAAAUAAUUGAGCCGGGGUCUGACUAUAUAUGUAUGUCCUACGCAUCGAGUGAGUAAUAUUAAUAUAGCAAACAUGUGGGUAAUAUUUUUUUU